AUGACAGCCAAAGAACCUUUACCAGAGUCAGACGAUGAUGAUUUCGAAAAGGUGAGCAAAGAUAAAAGUAGCGACAAAGCUCCGGCUGUCAAAAGGGGCAAGAAAGCAAAGCGAGAAGAGACACCUGAAACCAAAGAAAAGACACCAGAAAGUAAAGAAACGACACCAGAAAGUAGAGAGACGACACCAGAAAGCGAAGAAGAUGAGGUGUAUGGUGCAUCUGCUACUUUGAAAUCUAGCUUGGUGAUUCCCCAUCCAAAGGGAAGUCCCUUUCCUGAUGCUAUUUCACCCUCGACGUUGGAAUUUAUGGCAGGAUUGGCAGUGAACAAUGAUCGAGAUUAUAUGCGAUUGCAUGCUAAAGAAUGGAUUGAUGUCAAAAAGGACUUUAUUGAUUUUUGUGGAUUGAUUAUGACAGAAUUGAACCAAGCAGAUCCGAGUGUGUUGGUAGAAGAUGCCAAAAAUGCUAUGUACAGACAGCACCGUGAUCUUCGGUUCAGUAACGACAAGAGGCCUUAUAAGACCUAUCUCUCUGGCUCAUUUUCUGCUGAAGGUCGUAAAUUUGAACGUGCCGGCUAUUUCAUCUCGCUCGAACCAGGUAAUAAGAGUAUGGUAGCUGCAGGUGUGUGGCAGCCUGACAAAUAUAAACUCCAAAGAAUGCGUGAUAAUAUCAUUCGACAUGGUGAUUUAUUACGUGAGGCACUUUCAACCGAUGCAAUCAUUGAGGAAUUUGAUGGAGAAUCUGGUGUAGAUAUUCUGGAAAAAAGUGAUAUGCUGAAGGUUGCACCCAAAGGCAUCGAAAGGGAUCAUCCUGAAAUUGAACUCUUACGGUACAGGAGUUUUGCUGUUAGGAAGAACUUUACUGAUGAAGAGGUAGUGAGUGCUGGAUUUCUGGAUAAAGUGAUGGACACGUAUGAAGCGUUAAUUCCUUUCAUUGCUCUCAUAAAUUCGUGGUUAUAA